AUGGCAGCAAACUACUGGGAAUCCUCCCAGCACCAGAACUGGCUGUUCACCCGCGCCUCGCUAGCCGACAUUCGGGAUGACCUGGACAAUUCCUACAAGACCCUCGUCACUCAACAUCCCUACCCAGACCGCCGCUUGAUGUUCAUCUUCCUGCGCGACCGAAUACUCCAGAUGGUCAAACGUCUGCCCUUCCGCCAGCAAUGCGUAGCGACCGCACUCGUCUACAUGCACCGCUUCCUGCUGUCAACGCCAAUGCAGAACGUCAAUAUCUACCUCCUGGUCGCAACUGCCUUCUAUCUGGCCUCCAAGACAGAGGAGUCGCCGCACCACAUCCGCGUGGUGGCGGCAGAGGCACGAAACUCAUGGCCGGAUUUCAUCCCAGGAGACGUGAGCCGUUUGGGCGAGAUGGAGUUCUGUCUGAUCUCAGAGAUGCGAAGCCAGUUGAUCGUCUGGCAUCCCUAUCGCACACUGAUCGAUCUGAAGGAUAACCAGAACCUCAAGCUGACAAGCGACGAGUUGGGAUUGGCGUGGUGCAUCAUUAACGACAGCUACAUGACGGACCUGCCGCUGACGUGUCCGCCGUUCUUGAUAGCGGUGAUCGCCAUGUUUUUGGCAGUGGUAUUCUAUCCGUACUCGAAGAAUUCGGGGAACAGGCAGGCAGAUCUACAUUCGGCGGUCAACCUCGACGGGCCUUUCGCGACAAUGGGCUCAAGACCAGGCAUGGCAGGUCUCAUGAGCAGCGCCAUGCAUGCAUUGCCAAUGAAUCCACCCAUAUCGGCAGCAUCAGCAUCUGCCAACGGCGCAAAUGGUCGCGCUAGUGCAGCGGGUAAAGACCCUUUGCCGAUGAUCACACCCGAUCGUCAGCAGACUCUUGCCACGAUCGCAUCGUCAGAGAAGCUGACCAACACGAUCAAAUUCCUGGUAGAAUCCGAGAUUGACUUGAAGCAGAUGAUCAACGGCACGCAGGAAAUCAUAAGUUUGUACUCAGUGUGGGAAGAAUACCAUGAGAAGAGCAUUAAGGAGGCAAUAGCUCGCUGCUUCAAGAGCAAUUACUUCGAUAGCUAG